UCGAAUGUGACGUAAAUGAGAUUGACUUUUGCGGGCAGUCGCAUGGAAUUUAUCAGUUAUUUUUGUUAAAGUGUUAAACAUGGCUUCAAUUCAGAAAGAGGAAGAUUUGAAAAAAGACGCACACGAAAAUGGCCAAGAGGACGAACUAGACGACGUAGAGGAAGAUACUAAGGAUCCCGCCAAGAAGAAGAAAAAGAAAAAAAAGAAGAAGAAGGCAGAUUCUGAAGUAACUGGUGAUAACAAUGAAGUCACUAAUGCAACUGAAAAAGUUAAAUCACUGUCCGUGGAAGAUGCCCCACCUGAGGGUGAAGAAAAGAAGAAGAAAAAGAAAAACAAGAGCAAGGGUGGCAAAGGAGCAGCAAAGGAACAGACCAAUCCACCCACUAUACCUAUAGCUGAGUUGUACCCGCAGGGCAACUUCCCCGAGGGUCAAAUAAUGGAGCAUGGACACGCUGAAGGCAUUGAUGACAGGACUGCCAAGGAGCGGUUCUCCAGUGAGGAAAAAAGAGCCUUGGACAGGAUGCACCAAGACAUAUACCAGGAGAUCAGACAUGCCGCCGAAGCCCACAGACAGACACGACAGUACAUGCGCGACUGGAUAAAGCCGGGCAUGACAAUGAUCCAAAUAUGUGAGGAGCUGGAAUCCACGGCCCGGCGUCUCAUUGGUGAAGACGGGCUGAAAGCGGGGCUGGCUUUCCCCACAGGCUGCAGUCGCAACCACUGCGCCGCGCAUUACACACCCAACACUGGUGAUACUACAGUGCUUGAAUACGACGAUGUAGUGAAGAUUGACUUCGGCACGCAUAUCAACGGACGUAUCAUUGACUGCGCGUUCACUCUGCACUUCAACCCGCGCUAUGACCCGCUGGUGAAGGGAGUGCAGGAGGCGACAGAGGCCGGCAUCAAGGCAUCGGGGGUUGAUGUCAGGCUGUGUGAUGUGGGCGCUGCAGUGCAAGAGGUUAUGGAGUCGCAUGAAGUGGAAUUGGAUGGCACUGUAUAUCAAGUGAAGCCUAUCCGCAAUCUGAACGGACAUUCAAUUGGACCAUAUAGGAUCCACGCCGGCAAGACGGUGCCGAUUGUGAAGGGCGGCGAGACGACCCGCAUGGAGGAGAAUGAGUUCUACGCGAUCGAGACCUUCGGCUCAACGGGCCGCGGUCAGGUGCACGACGACAUGGACUGCUCGCACUAUAUGAAGAACUUCGACCAGCAGUUCGUUCCGCUAAGGUUACAAUCGUCAAAACAACUCCUGAACCUGAUCAACAAGAACUUCAGCACCCUCGCGUUCUGUAAGCGCUGGCUGGAGCGCGCGGGCGCGUCGCGCUACGCCAUGGCGCUCAAGGACCUGUGCGACAAGGGCGUGGUGGACGCCUACCCGCCGCUCUGCGAUAUCAAGGGCAGCUACACCGCUCAGUUCGAACACACCAUCCUGCUCCGCCCCACCUGCAAGGAGGUCAUCUCGCGCGGCGACGAUUACUAAGCCCACGUUCAAAUGGGGUUGGCAACUGUCAAUGGUUUGCAUAGAUGGCGCCAUCGUAGCUUGCCCCUUUCUAUAGUUGACUUCUAUGAGAUUUGGCUUAACCUUUUGGAUGCCAAUGACCGAUAUAUCCGCACCGCAGGUCAAAAGCCACAGACGGAUAUAUCGGUCACAGGCCACAGAGCAACAUAGACAAACGUGCGUAUGCAUAAAGUUCAAUUUCAGUUUUGACACUUCGAUGACGUGGCGUCCGCGUGACAGCUUUUGUGUUUGACACGGCGUCGAAAAGGUUAAAGGGCUCGCAUUCGGGGCAUAUAGUUCCACCUCCUAAUGCCCAGCCAUACAAAAGAAAAUCAAAAAUUUGCCACAAUAAUUUGAACCUACAGUGCAGGGAAGUUGAUUUUUAUUUUUAAUUUGAUGUUUGAAAGUUGAACGAAACAAAGUAAUGCAGGUCUGUUCCAAUUUAAUAUGAUUUAUAUUUCAUUCAAUUUCACACAAUUAUAGGGAUUGACAGGGCAAGCUAUGCUGGCGCAGUCUGCAAAAUACUUCGACCGGCCAACCCCAUUGAUUAGUGUUUAGUGCGUGCUGUUCAUACGUCUGCAACUAAACGCGAGAACAUGUAUGAACUCUCACUGCUCAGUAAUCGAAGUUUAAACGGUCCUUAACGCGGGCGGCACCUACGAAAACGUUCUCGUGUCGCUAGUUGGCUGACGAAAUUUGAACCUUUCUAGACACAAUUACGACGAUAAUAUUUACGAUUACUUACGUCUUUGAACAAUAAUGUUGCGGUUUAAUUGAAUUUAACGAUUCAACUCUAGUUAGCCAAACUAAACUUCUUUAGCGAAAACAUAAUCAUCAUCAUCCUGGCGUCAAUCCUGGCUGUGCCCCCGCGCGGGGCGCGAGGACCCGGGGUCCGCCUUAGCGAAAACAUAAUAUGCCGCCGAAUGAACUUUAGUGUUGAUUAAAUCAUAUGCAGAUGCUCGUUUCGGCGCAAUGUUUGUACUAUACAGACCAUAGCAUACUAGCCCCGAUGCAAAUGAUUUCGUCUAGUUCCGCGCAACAAUUUUGUUUAUUUUAAUAAAUUUUACACAUGAACAUAUAAUGACCCAGUAAUGGGAACCAUAAUAGCAAUGUUUAAUGUAGUUUAUUUUGAUCGUAUAAUAAAAUUGCAUAAGACUUUUAUUGCUGAAAAAAAGGACUUUUCAAAAACGUUGUCCAAAUCAUAUUGUCCUCUCUUACAGCACUGCUGCAUGCAUGGGCUCGAAACAAAAUUGUCAGUACAUUGGCAGAGCCCUAUUGCUUUCCCUGGUAAUAGCCCUUUUCACAUAUGUUGUAAUCCUACCCGUCAAAAAAAAUAAAAAACAUUAUUUUUUUUCUUUCAGUACAAACGGUAUUUCUUGUAUUUGAAUUUAGUUAUUGCAGAGUAUUACCAUAUAAAAUUAAAUUACAUUAGUAUAAGCAUUAAAUAUUAGUAAUUUUUAAACAAAAAUUAUUUUUGAACAAACGCGAGAACCUCAAAAAAUGGGGUCACCUGACGAAAACAUAUGCAUCGGGGCUCGUAUAUCGCUAUGAGCUCCUAACAUCAUAGUUACGCCAGUAAAUUACGAAAACGCUACUGCCGAAGCAUCGGUAAUCGUUACAAAACAGAUGUUAAAAAUUGCUCUAUUAGCCGGGUCCACACAGAGCGAGCACACGUGCGAUGCAAUUUCCUCGCGCACAAAACGGCCAGUAUAGACGUGCCUCGCGGCGCGCCGCCUCGGCCGAGGCAAUUCCCAAUUCUGACAUUUCUCUUCCUGUCAGAGUCGUCGAAAUUAUCUGUGCAAUACGGGCUGCUCAAGCAUGUAUACACGAACGCUUUGGCAGUAGUCGUGUUCAAAUACUUUUAAACAUGCGAUCGGAUAUACAUACUUAUCUGAUGGCGAUUGUACCCUGUACCUACCUGCAAUAAUUCUGACUGUGGCGUUGAGCAAGUCAACUUAUGCGUUAAUCUGUCCCAAUUUUUUCACAAAUAAUUUACACUGCUGAGCAUUGGACUUAGAAGUGGAUACUUGAAAAACUUACUAUUUUUAUGAAGUAUCAUGUAAUAAAAGUGACAUGAGACAAAACGAACACAGACAAACAUUAAAGUUUAUCAUUUUAUAAUUCUCCUUUAAAAUAAUAAAUACAUUAUGACUUAUUAACGUCGUUUUACAUAUAUUGUAGACUAACCCUAGUUUUUAUACAUUUGUGUUUUGAAAACUGUGUUGAUGUUAUUUGUUUCUAAUAUAGCAAGGGUGCAGGCAAACCACGAUGAAAUCGUGGGUUUUUAAAAUGUUCGAUUGAUUGCAUUCGUUUUUAAUUGGUGCAAUUAAGAACUUUUAACAAGCUUAUUUUAUUUUAACCAGUCUUGUUAAGGUGCAAUACGAAAGUAUUAGCAGAAACUUGUCAAUAAAUCAAGUUAUUUGAGAA